AAUUAAGUUGAUAGUCUUUGAAAAUUUCGACUUAAUACUCAAGAGUGGUGUGGAGAGAGGGGGAAGAGAAGAGAGAGUAACGAACAACGAUACUUCCAACCGAAGCUUCAUUCUUUUCUUAAGAUUGAUUUCAGACUCAAAGGGUGGUAAAAAGAAGGUGAAGAGUUGUAAAUUCUAAGAAUUUGUUAAUAUGUCUGCACUUUUCAAUUUCCAUUCAUUUCUUACCGUCAUACUUUUGGGAAUAUGUGCUUGCACUUACUUCAAGAUGCAAUUUCCAGCAAUCCUUGAACAAAGAACUGGAUUUCGUGGUUUCUUCUGGAAGGCGGCAAGAAUAGGUGAGCGUUUAAGUCCGUGGGUAGCUAUGGGUUGUUUCAUGAUGGGUGUUUCAAUAAUCUUCUUCUAAGCUUCAUUUUCGUCUACUCAAUAGGGCAUCUGUUCUAUGUUCUACUUCAGUUUUGUUUGCUACAUGGUCUGCAGAUCUACAGUAUGAUAGUUUGUAACUAAAAUUAUUUCGUUGGAGCCCCCAAAACUUGGUUGUUUAGCACUUUUUUAGUGUAGCAGCUUGCAUCCGGUUAACCGAUUUUUCUCUAGAUAACUUUAUGCAACUUUUCUGACACUGCAAUUGUAUUUGUAGAAUAUGCUCGCCCUUUCCUUAGGAAGUAGGUUGAAUUUUUUCUGUUCAUCUCUUCUGCAUACUUUGUUCGAAGGAAUUCAUAUAGCUACUCUUUACACUCCUAAAUUUUUGCAGUUUAAGCAUUUUAACUUUGUUUCA